GCGUGUGUGUGUGUGUGCGCGUGUUUGUGUGUGUGUUUUUUGUGUGUGUCUCUGUCCAAGGACAAACUCUGGGAGAGUUUUGAAGUCCUGCAGCUUCUCGAUGUGCGCCGCCGACCUGCCUCAUGCGGCCGCAGGAAGUCUCUCUGAAGACCUGCAUGCGUCCUUAAAGUCCAACUGUGAGGGAGACAUGUUGUCCACCAUGGAGAUAACUGAGUAACCCAGAGCUCCAACUCUGUCCGGGAUAAAAGGCUGUCGUGGAGGGUUCCCAGUCCUGUGUGGGAUGUUAAGAGACUGGCUGCAGGAGCAUGGUGAAACACCAACCAUUACAGGUCUAUGAGAAGCAGCUCUUUGUGUCCUUCGUCACUGGGAUCUAUGGUUGCCGCUGGAAACGCUACCAGCGUUCCCAAGAAGACAGCUCAAGGUGGGAGUGUACAUGGUUCAUCAUCUUGUGCAGUUCUUUCCUACUGGUUCUCUUCUGGGCGUACUUCUGGUUGGUGGCUCAAAAUGAUUUCAACGAGUUCAACUGGUCAGUAUACAACCGCUCUGGAGCAUGGAGCGACGAGACCAUCCCCAUCCUCGCACCCACCACUGUGGGAUUCAGCUACAUCACAUUCUUAAUGAUCUUAGCACUUUUCCAUAUAUCCUUGGGCCAGCAGCUCAACCUCUACUGGGUUCACAAGAUUGGAGUGUUGGCGACGUUGUUCACCACUAUUUCUGGUGUUGUCUCUGUUGAUGACAUAUGGGGAGAUGAGUGGGACAUCCUGCUUGUAUCACUGCAGUCAACAGCACCUUUCCUGCACAUUGGAGCUCUUGCAACAGUCACAGCUAUCAGCUGGUUGGUGGCUGGAUAUGUGGUCCGCAGAGACAGAUCCAAUUUCCAGGUGACGGUGUUGGUGAUCUACUUCAUCAUCCUUCUGGCUGUCUAUUUGGCACCACUCACAUUCAGCUGCCCCUGCAUUAUGGACCGGCACACACUCCGACCCCGGCCAGACAUCAUUGGUCGACGGGGAGCUCCUAUGCUGGCCCCAGAAAACACCAUCGUGUCCUUUAACCGAGCUCUGCAGAAUGGAGCCAGCUCCCUGGAGGCAGACGUCACUAUCAGUGUAGACGGUGUUCCUUUCCUGAUGCGGGACCGCACGUUGAGACGAACCACAGACGUUGGGAAGGUCUUCCCAGCCCGGCAGUUUGAGGAUGCUUCUCUCUUCAACUGGACAGAGAUUCACUCUCUAAACGCAGGCCAGUGGUUUCUGAAGAGCGACCCCUACUGGACCGUAGAGACCCUGACUGCCAGGGACCGCCUCAGGAUAGGCAACCAGACGGUCUGCAGUCUGGUGGACAUGCUGCGUCUGGCAGCCAGGGCCAACGGCUCCGCUCUGCUCGACAUCCGCCGGCCUCCACCGGAGCAUCCGCGCCACCGCAGCUGGUUCAUGGACACGCUGUGGGCCGUGCAGAAAGCUGGGAUUUCCCCCAAGAGGGUGAGGACUGUGACGUGGACCCCCGACACGGACAGGGGGAGGGUGCGAGGGCUGCCGCAGAGCGCCAAUGAGAAGCUGUCACUGGAAGAGAUACGGCAGAGGGGGAUAACAAGCCUCACCCUGCACUACAGCAAGGCCAGCCACACAGACAUACAGGAGUAUCUGGCCCACAAUGUGAGUGUGACUAUGUCCGCAGUCAACGCGCCCUGGCUCUACUCCGUCCUGUGGUGCAGCGGGGUGUCUUCUGUGUCCUCUGAUGCCCCACAAGUCCUCCGAAAGGUGCCUUACCCCAUCUGGCUCAUGAGUCGGAGCGCUUACCGCUUCAUCUGGCUCACGUCAGAUCUGGUGUCCAUCGCCUUAGUCAUAGGGAUUUUCUGUUUUCAGAACUAUCAUAUGAUCAGGUGGAAGAUGAGCGGGAUGCAGCACUAUAACCCGGAACAGAUCGUGCUCAGCGCUGUGGCCAAUCGGACUGAUCGGGACCUCAAAGUCAUGAAGGAGAAGCUCAUAUUCUCAGAACUCAACAACGGGCUGAGCAGCACAGAGGACAUCUCUCUGUUUCCUGAGAACGGUUAUGCCAUAUACUCUCAUGGAGGCCUCGGGGACUGAACCACACUGCAGCUACAGCCCUGGAUUACAGAACUGAUAUCAGUGAACUAACCCCAGAACACAUCAUGGAAAUCAAAUUGUUUCUAAAAUAUGGACAAUUAACGUAUACACACUUGAGUGCAAGUUAUGUGUAAUAUAUGUGUGAAUAUAAUUUGAUUGUGAAUUUUUACCUUAAUAUACAGACAAGUUGUUGCAACAUUUCUCAAAAGAAAUCUCCUUUUUCCUUUGAAGUUGCUGUAAGAAUUUUUGUUUCUUGCUGUUUUUGUUAUAAAUGGGAGCACAAAAGUUUUAAAAAGGCUUUACUGGGAACACAUUCUGUUCAUCGGUUAAGAGUGGUCAGCUGACCAAUAAUGUUCCUGCUGAUGCGGUUAACCAUUCGAAAUAACAUCAUGUCACAUUGUAAUGUAGAAUCAUGACAUCCACUCAUUCAACAACAGUACCAACCAAUAUUGGUGUGUUGAUUGAAAGUAAUACAGACAUACAGUACAUUCAGUCUGUUUGCUUGAAUGAGCUUCUCAAAAGUAACAUUUGAGCUCAUAAGGCUGUAAUGUUGUAUUGAUCCACAUUAUGUUCCUCUCUUUUGUUUUGUAUUUGAGGAACUUGACCCUGUAGUGCUCUGUAUUAUACACUGAUGUAAAUAUGAAUGUGAAUAUUGUGGAACAUUUUCUAAUCUUUUCUUCUGCCUCUUCUCUGUCAUGCCAUGAUUGUUUACUGUGUAGUCUAUUAGCUAUUACAACUUUCACAUGGCUGCCUUUUCGUUGAAUUAAUGGACUGGUAGAAGAGUGUAGAAUAUUUUUCGUGUUUUGGUUUAAUAGUAAUAAUGGUACAAAUUUCAAGUUACAACUACAGCUUUAGUGGCAGACAUGUUGACGGUACAAUAAAAGUUGUCUUUUUUUCUUAAAAAAA